ACUUUUCGAAAUGACCUUUAUCCUAGAGAGCGCUACUCUAGUCUCUAUCUAUCUGUAUUUCUUUCCUUUCCACUUAAGUAUUCCCAAACACUUUCUUGUGUAUAUAUACCCUCAAAACUUAUCCUCCAAUCUAUUGUCUACAAAUUCCCAAAAUCUUUUGAAACCAAUUACAUCUCUCUCUGUUUCUCUCUGAUCUUUCUUUCUUGUUUUGUUUUUGUUUUUUGUUUUUCUUGUUUUGGGUUUGUGUUGCAGAGAUGAAUGAUCCAAAGUAUGCUUAUCCUUACCCUGCUCAAGGUUAUUAUCAAGGGCCCCCAGUGAUGGCACCACCUCAGUAUACUGCUCCACCACCACAAAGGAGCCAACCUGGUUUCCUUGAAGGAUGGCACGAAUGGCGUGAAUUUGUGGUCACCGGACGACCGGCUAGACAACCACCCAGACGACCGGGUGAAGCACUUGUCUACCGCAGUUGUCACCUUGUCGACCGCAGCUAUCAGCCUCUUUGCCGAACGACUGACCGGAUGACCGGUUAUACAAAUUCGAGGCAAAUUCGCGCCUCAAUAUUCGAGGCCUGUAGCGCGCCUCUAAUUCGAACUAGGAGAUAUGUGGGAUAUACUGUUUGGAUUUUGUCUCUUAAAUCUCUCAAUUUGUUUGGCCGAACUCAUUAUUAUUCAUCAAUAUAUCAGUCAAUACUGUUUGAUAUAGAUCGAUAUAUGACUAUAUCACCGAUACUUACGCAUAUCUCUAUAUAACUGUUUAAAACUAUGCCCACUCCAAACGAUUUCUUCUCCUCCUCCCAUACCAUCAAAUGGUUAAAACUAAUUCUUUAAAUUUUAUUCUAUUUUUAUUAUACUCUAGCUCAAUAAUCCAUUAAUCAUAUAAUUUCAUCCAACAAUCUCAUGAUUAAUUUGAAAAAAUACAUGUGAGUUUUGCUAAAUUAGUUAUCCUAUAUCCUAAUAAUCCAGACCUCCAAACUAACAUGACCAUAUAUUAUAAAUAAUUAUAUUUUAAUUGAGCUCUAGUGACGUGGAAAAAAAAAAAAAAAAAA